UCACUCAUAAACCGUUAUCUGGUUUCAGAAUUUUAGAUUGUUUUACGUUCCGCGCUGAGUCAAAGGUAAAUCCUAUUGGAAUAAUGGAGUGUUGGAAUUGUUGAUAAGGAAAUAUGUGUAAAAUUUUCGCAACAAAAAGUUCAAAUUAAAAUAGAAUACCAAUGGGGCAACAUGUAUCUAGGACAGAUUUUGAAUGGUCCUACACCGAGGAACCUCAUGCAAGUAGAAGAAAAAUUAUAUUAGAAAAAUACCCACAAAUCAAGAAACUAUUUGGGUCUGACCCAAAUUUCAAAUGGGUAGUUACAGGUAUGGUUUUUCUCCAGUUCAUUAUGAUUUACCUUCUCAGGAACGAGUCAUGGCCAGUAAUACUUCUAGUCGCUUAUUGUUUUGGUGGAGUUAUCAACCAUUCUUUAAUGUUAGCCAUACAUGAAAUAUCCCACAAUUUGGCUUUUGGACAUGCCAAGCCUAUGCACAACAAGCUUUUUGGAUUCUUUGCUAAUUUACCUAUUGGAAUACCCAUUUCAAUCAGUUUCAGAAAAUAUCACCUUGAACAUCAUAGAGUAAGUAUCAGUACAACUGGUUUUUAUCUUGAUUAAACUAAGUCUUAUCAU